ACUUUCCGCGAUCACAUGACAAAGUAGUACAUGUAUAAAAAAAAUAUUGUGAUUGAUAUCCGUCUGAAAUUGAAAAUUCUCUUUAAAAAUGGAACAGAAUCUCGACAAACUUUUAGACGAAACAAUGGAUGCCCCUGGAGUUAUGGGAGUUCUGUGUGCUGACAAACAGGGACUUUGUUACAGUGCUAAAGGGACAGUCUCAUCAGGAUGUGCAGGAAUCAUAGCUUCUCUCUCUCAGCAGGCAUCCCUUCUAGUACCAGAAAACAACAGUACUCCAGUUAUCUGUUUAGAGUCAGAUAAAGGGAAUGUCAUGAUCAAGUCGCACCAGGAUGUCACAAUUGCAAUCCACAAGAUGCCAACAUACUGAGAGAAUGCUUGAAGCUUGAGUGUUUAAAGACUCUGAAGAGAAUAUUCUGCAAAGAGACAAUUAUAGUACUGGAAAUGCUAUGAAGCAUUUGUAUCUGGAGAAAACACACCAUUCCUGCCUGCGAAGUUCAUUGUGAUGUAGCUACAUUAAUUUGAUUCGUUUUAGCAAGUUGGAUGGUUGCUGUAGUCACCUCGGAGCACAUGUAAUUGUAAUGCUGUUUCAUCCCCUUAGAGUGAUUACUGGUGGUGUUAAUUUAAAAAAAUGAAGAUAAUGAUUAAAAUGUAAGUAAUAUUUAUACAGUACCGGUAUCAUUCAUAACUUGCUUAAUUAUCAAAACAAGUCAUGCAACACUUGUAUGAUUCACCUCUAUGUAAGUUGAGAAGUUCAUAAUUUGAUCCAAGAAAUGUGGGACAAAAUUCCAUGGAAUGAUGUCAUUUGGAUAUGGACUGUGCUUGUGGAGGGGCUUUUUUGGGGGGUAGCACCAUACACAUUUUGCUUGUUUCAGUUUCUGCACAAAGAAAUUAGAUCAUAUUCUUCACUGCCCACUUUUCUUUGGAUAGAGGUGUCCCUUAUAUAAAUUCUCUUGAAUCAUUUUUUUUUACACAGAAAAACAGGUUCAUUUAAAAUGUGAAAGAAGGUGAAUCUAAUAUCUUGGAAAAAAGGAAUGUUCUUUAAUAUUCGGUUUAUUCAAACUCAUACCCCUAAAACACAAAAUCCAUGGGGCGAUUUUCCCUGACUCCACCCAUGCAUUACUUAAAAUUGCAAUAAACAUCAAUUCAUUAUGACAUAUCAUAUGAGAUCAGGUCAUGGUUGACCGUGAUUGUGUGAUAUCAUUAUGAGGACAAUGUUGGUACCCAAUCAAUUAUGACCCAAAUAUUUUGCCAUAAUGCAUAAGUUAUUUUUGAAUAUUUUGAUGUUUUAAAAUGCAAUUGUAACAUUGUUCUUCGAGUUCAAUUCUCUGUCAUAUGUGUACCCUUCUCUUUCUUCAUUGCAAUCAAUUGGUACCCUAUAUAAUGAUAAUGCUGAAUUUAAUCUGUGAUAAGUUUAGUUUCAUUACUGUUCAUUAAACAACAACUGUCUUAGAUUACAAAUGAAUGUUUU